AUGGAGCUUCCUCAACCACCGCAAGAUCAAGAUCUCCGAAACAUAAUAGACAAACUGGCCCAGUUCGUCGCAAGAAAUGGACCGGAGUUCGAGAAAAUGACGAAAAACAAGCAAAAGAACAAUCCUAAGUUUAGUUUCCUGUACGGCGGGGAGUAUUUCAACUACUAUCAAUACAAAGUGACGACAGAGCAAGCAAUUCUAAAGCAAUCGGCCGGUGGGCAGUCUGUUUCCGCGCCCGUCGGGGCUUAUAUGGCACAGAACAGGCAAUAUGUAAUGCCCCAACAGGGCGGUGCUACGGCCGCGCAGCUGGGUCUUGCGGCAUCGAUGGCGGUGGCGCCGGCGCUUCAGCAAUGGCUGGCAGCGAACUCCGGCCCGCCAGCUGCACCCAGCCAUCACUCACACGACAUCGACAACAUCAAUGCACAGAUCAACAUGCUUAAAGAGCAAAUUACUCAGUCGGAAAAUAAUCUCAAUGCUCAGCAUACAGUGUUGAUACAGCAACAGCAAGCUAAAAUCAAUGAAUUGGUCAGCAAAGCGCAAGUGGAGACCAUCCAGAUCAUGGCUGAAGAAAACAACAUCAAUCUCAAUGAACUAGACAGCAUUUUGCAACCUAUAAUAGACACAUGUACUAAAGAUAGCAUUUCUUCAGGGAAAGGGUGGAUUUUGCAACAUGCAACCUCACAUGAUGCUGGCAAAGUGAUAUCACAGCAUCUCCUUAGGAAGGUCACUCAACCUGGAGCUGCUUUCACACAAAAACUUCACAUCAUUUAUCUCGUAAAUGACGUCCUUCACCACUGUGCACGCAAAAACGCAGAAGAUCUCAAGAAAAAUUUGGAAAAUGUGGUGGUACCAAUGUUUUGCAAUGCCAGUAUAGCGGUAACAGAGGAGCAGGAGGCGAAGUUAAACAAGUUGCUUCGCUUGUGGGAAUCUAAGUCGAACUAUUUCGAGUCAGCCGUCAUUGAAAAAAUGAAGAGCCCAACAAGUUCCUACCAAGAGUAUCAGAACAACUUGAUAGCGCAACACUCUAACGCCAUCUCACAUUUAACACAACAAACUAAAUCUACUUUUGAAAAUUACCAGUCCCAGCAUCAGGCAUUUGUUGCCCACACAAUGCAACAGAUACAGCAGCUGGAGAUGCAAAAGCAUGCCCUUGAAUUGCAAAAUCAGGAACAAAACGAGAAUAUGCAACAGCAAAAUAUGGGACCAUUUCAAAACAAUAAUUUUAACGAUCAAAGCUUUUCGCAAAUGGGAGGUUUUCACGAUCAAAGCUAUAAUUCAAGCCACCAACAGUAUGGGAGCGAGAGUGGAGAUAACUAUGCAUCUAAUAACAGUAUGAGCGGAAAUGAAAACAGUUAUGAUAGUCAAAUGUUCGAUCAAAUAACUGGACAUAAGAAAAAUGAUAUUGAGGAACCAGAUUUGUCAAAUCUUCCAAAUGUUAAUUUCUCUCAACCUCCUCCUGGUUUUACACCUCAAGAGAAUCCAGCAUUGUUAGCAUUCCAAAAUGGUCUUCCAGAUCUGAGCAAGCCCCCACCUGGAUUUAUUCCAUUCCCAGAAAUAAACAAUGAAGACUUAAUGCCUUCCGUACCAUAUUUUGAGUUGCCUGCAGGGUUGAUGGUGCCUUUAAUAAUGCUCGAAGAAGAUAGAUACAGACCUCUGGAUCCGGCAAAAAUUCGUCUACCUCCACCAGCUCCGCCAAAUGAAAGGUUACUUGCAGCUGUUGACGCUUUUUAUGCAUCGCCAAAUCAUGAGCGCCCCAGAGAUAAUGAGGGCUGGGAAAAACUGGGACUUUAUGAGUACUACAAAGCCAAAAAUGCGGCAAGGAAGCGCAAAGAAGAAGACAUCGCCCAAGGAAUAAGGGAGCGCUCAAAAUCGCCAAGCCCAAUACCUAAAGACCUACAAAAACAACCUACUCCACCUGGAAGGAGAUACAGGUCAAAGAGCAAAACUCCUGAGAAAUUAUCACCAGCAAAGUCGAAGUCAAGAUCACCGUCACCACGACGGAAACAAACCUCAUGGAGAAGGGAACGAGACAGAGACAGUCGUCGACGGUCACGGUCCAGAUCGCGGUCACGGUCACGAAGCAAAUCCCGAGAGCGAGAGCGAGAUCGUGAUCGCCCUCGAGACUCACCUCCUAGAUCGCGACGCGUCGAACGUUCCAGAUCACCAACUCCACCAAGUUUCCUCACUGCUUCAUUUCAAACAUCAUCUAGUGGUUUGGACCCCACUAACAAAGGUCACCAGUUGCUACAGAAGAUGGGCUGGAGUGCUGGAGGGCUAGGUGCCUCUGGACAAGGCAUAGCAGAGCCCAUCAGUGGAGGUACAGUUCGAGACAAACAAGAUCAAUAUAAAGGUGUUGGCGUAAACCUCAAUGAUCCGUACGAAAAUUUUAGGAAAAACAAAGGUGCAGCAUUUAUUACACGAAUGAAGGAAAGAGCACUUGAACGAUCAUCGUGA